AUGAGCACCCCGCUGUUCGUGGCCGAGGAAGUGCUGUGCACCUACCCCAUCAGCACGGUGUACGACUCGUGCCCACGCUACCUGUUCUAUGCUCUCCUGCUCGCCACCUGCGUGACCCGAUGGACGGGGUGGCUCUCCGACGUCUUUCUGGGCGCAGCGGCAACCUACGCGGGAACAGCCGCUCUGGAGGCCUUCAUCCUGGUCUCAAGCCCACCGCAAAAUGCUCCUUCAAACCCAGUAACCCUGCCCUACAUCUCGCCUAACGACACAGCCCUCCUAGCCAGCCUGACCCCGUCCUUCCCUUCCCUAAUCACCGACACCACAACCCUCCCCAUCACCCCCGCCACCAUCGACCUCGACGCCGACGCCGUCCUGGCCAUCGUAGUAACGGCCUACUUGAUCUUCCUGCCCCUGCAAACCUGGUCGCGGGCGUUCACACACUCCCGUGCGCGCUUCAUCCUCUUCUCGCUGUGGCACACCCUCAUGCUGGCAGGCACGAUCAGCGCCCUGAUCUACUGGCCGCGCGUGCGCAACACGCCGACGCAGUACGCCUUCUGCGCGCCGGACUACUUCCCGCCGGAGGCGACGGUGUCCAGCGACGGGUGGCAGGCGUGGCAGCGGCAGACGCCGUCGUGGAACAGCAGCGUGUGGGCGAUCUUCAGCAACACGACGCUCUUCAACUCGCUGGCGACGGUGUGCUACUACCCGUGCUUCAACACGACGCAGCCGCUGCGCCAGCAGUCCGCGCUUGAGGCCGCCGUCGCCGACACUGACACCGCGGCCGACCACACCACGCGCUCCGCCUUCUGGUCGCGCAUCCUCUACUCCGAGCGCUACAUCUACAGCCUCGUCGCGCUGACUUUGGUCAUCAACGUCCUCCUCCUCCUGUUCCGGUGUCUGCCGUACCGCUCGCGCAUCCCUUCCUCGCGCGUGCGCACCAUCUGGCGCGAGCGCGCCGCCAUCGCCCGAGGGUUUCGCGCGGAUUGGUUCGCCGUCGUGCAUGCCGCUUCGUUCACAUCCCCCAAGAAUCCCGACGGGGAUCCCGCUACUACCGCGGAGGAGGGUGUAGCCACCGAGAACCGAGGAAGCAACAGCAGCAUCCUCGAGAAAACGCGCGCCACCCUUGCGACCGCCACUACAGCGCCCCGGGCUAUCACCUGCCUCCUGCACCUGCACACCCUCGGCUCCCUGGUGCGGCUGCUGGCCGACCUGUGCAUCCUGUUCGCCGUCGUGUUUAGUAUCGUUAUCAGCCCCCUGACCGUGCUCGCCUUCGUCGCCUGGAUCGAGUACUACAUCCACGAGGACGGGCCAGCCCAGGAGACGCCCAAGCAGGUCGGGCAGUGGGCGCCCCUGGCGUCCAUCGGGUUUCUGGUCGUGUCGGCCGGGAUCCUCAAGUUGAAGGUGUGGGUGGCGCCGCGGCAGGAGAUUGAGUGGGAAAUCGAGCAGGUCCGGGGACGGCUGAAGCGGUUGGAGGGGAUGAUUGUUUAG